AUGGUUCCGACUAGUAUUGCCAGUAGUUUCCUUGCCAGCAGAUCAGGUACCUUGCGCGAUAUUUUUACACCAAUUCUUCUCUCAUCCACCGCCACGUCUGCUAUUCUCUCUACUCCUACAUCGCUCAGCGGCUUCAUAACGAAGACGAAGACAGGGACUGAGAGCUCGGUUGUCAGCUCGCGCACAAGUUUGACGUCUAUAAACACCUACGACACAACCCUCAGGACUCGAACAUUGACCAACGCGCCCACCAGCAGUGCUACCGAGACAGAGGCCGCUGCAGCUCCACCCUCGAAGCCACUGACACCAGAGGAGACUGCCGGGGUCGCUAUAGGAAGCACAGCUGGAAUCCUACUUGCUAUAGUCGCUGCGAUCUUCGUCGCUCGCCGCUACCACGCCAUCCAUACAGCAAAGCUUGGAAGCGGUGGCUCGUCCGGUGUCUACCCUGGAGUUGCGUGGCUGUACGAUCCUUCACUUGGCGAGAAUGGUAGCGGUAGCAGUGGCAGUGGAUCGAAUGAUGCACUCAUGUCUGGUGGAGCAAGUGGGUUGCCGUCAACUGGAAGUAGAACACCACCUCGCGUGCCGAAGAACUCUCGCGAGUACGAUCCUCGCGGUUGGCUCAACAUCAGUGCGCAAAACUACAGCGACCCUGGCAACCCAUGGAGAGAAGACCCAUUCAGAGAUCCCGAAGACCCCUUCAAAGACGCCUUUAGAGACUGGAGAGGUAGCGAUGCGAUUACCUCGCCGAGUGAUCCUGGGUCUGAUCUUGUUGCGGAGUCAUUCGGUAUCGUCAAGACGAAGCAGUGUCAAGAGCCAAAGGUCUCUAAGGAGCCUUCGUGCCUGUCCUUCGCCGAAUUCCGAAUCGAGGAACGUCCCACCGAUAUCUCCUUCCUGGCGUCGAGCGAGUAA